GAUAGAGGCGAGAGUGAGAACUCACCAAAACAGGAGUAACUGUCAUUGCCAUAUGGAUUGGUCAGUCCGUCAUGCCGUCAUAGGAGUGAUUUUCCUGGUCGCCGUCGUUUCAGGAGAGAGAGCACACAGAUGGCGACGGAGUCUUCCCCAGCUAAAUAAGAUGAUACGAACAGUGACGGGUAAAUCCGGACUGGACUUCAACGGCUACGGCAAUUGGUGUGGCGUCGGAGGGUCCGGGGAACCAGUCGACGAAAUUGACCGAUGCUGUAAGGCACACGACCUGUGUUAUGACAACAUAGCAACGAAAGCGUGUAAAUCGGCCAAAGGAGAAAUACUAACUACAUAUACAACAAUUUACAACUGGACACUGACCAAUGGUCAUUUACAGUGUAAUGACGUGUUCCCAUGUCAACACGCCCUGUGCAUGUGUGAUAGACAAGCAACCACGUGCUUUGCUCUCAACUUAGCUUCCUAUGACAACGGCAAAAGGAGUAGGAUUGGCAUACUUAUAGGGAAACUGCUCGCCUUUUAAGGGACUGUCAUCAUUAUGGUUCAAAUGGGAAAAAACCCAGCGAAGACAAUCUAACACUCCUAACACCAGCGAUGAAAGAAGACACUGACACUUUUAUUUUGCCGUUUGAUGCAGACAUGAGUUGUCGUUAAUGCCCUGUUGCGUGUGCACAUUCGUUGAGGACUGUUGAUGAAUGAACAGUGCAAUUCUAUCAUUUGUUAUGUCAGCUUUGUCGAUGACGAAAACCCCUAAUCAAUUACAUCAUGUCUCUACAGG